AUCGAGUCGGCCCGGGCGUCGGGGGUAUGCGCCGCACCCCGGCGCGCGCAGGGGGGCGCGCGCGCCGGGGCCGCGCGGCGGGUCCGCGCCGCAGCCAGCGGGCAGUGGGCGGCCAUGGCGAGCGUCGAGCAGUGCCUGGCCAGGGACGACUGCCCAGGCUGCUUGGACGGGCCCGCCUUCAGCGCCGCGGCGUUCCUGGAGGGGGACCCCUUCGCCGAGUGCUUCGUCGACUGCUGCAGCGUCAAGGACCCAGAGCGCCGCGAGGCGUCGCGCAUGACCUCGCGGGCGGAGUGGCAGCAGCUGCUCCGGCGGUUGGAAGAGGACGGCUUGGUUGACCCGGAGGACCUGCCCACGCUGGCGACCUGUCCUCUGGACGAGCCCGAGGUUUUCUCCGUGCGCAUCGACAAGCCGAUCGGCGACGGGCUGGGUGCCAACCUUCGCAGGGGCCCCGUGGACUCCCUGGAGGUGGGCAGCAUCGACCCGGCGGGCCCGCUGGCCUCCUGGAACCGGGCCAACCCCCUCCGGGCCGUGAGGCCAGGAGACCGCGUGGUGCAGCUCAACGGCGUGACCGACAAGGUAGAGAUCCCGCACCUGAUCCUUUCGGAGGGCGUCCUGUCCCUCACGCUGGAGCGCCCUGGCGCAGACGCCCGCGGCCUGCUGCGGCGGCUCGCGCGGCAGCUGCACGGCGAGGGCCUCCAGCGCUUCGACAGGGCCGCGGAGUCGCUGCGCGGGGCGCUGCACAGCAUCGGCGUGUCGAUGGCCAUGCUCGAGAAGCUGAGCCAGCGAGAGCUGUACACGUACCAGGUGCUACUCGGCGAGUGCGAGCACGUCGUCGCGGAGAACCUGCGGUGGACGCUGGACAGCAUCCGGGAGCUGCGGCGCACGGACGCCGAGCGGCGCUCGGUGGCGUUCCACGGCGUGGCAGCCGCGGGACCUGCCAGCGCGGAGCCGGCCCCGUGGGCCGAGACGCCCGAGGAGUUCCAGUGGGUGCAGGGGCCGGAGAUCGAGCGGCGCCUGCGGGAGCUGCGCGUGCCCGGCGCCGUGCUGCCCGCGCGCGAGGUGGUUAUUGAGCGGACGGACUGGGGCCUGCGGCGCUUCCGGGCUGUGGCCGUCGGUUCCUCAGAGGAGAUCGAGGUGCUGGAGUUGCCGUGGGACGUCGCGAGGGAGUACGCGGGCGCCGCCGAGGACGCGAUGCACCAGGUCGAGGCGCUGAGGCAGCUGACGCUCUCCCACUUCUUCCCGGAUUACCUCGGCUGCGACCUGGCGUCUUGCCGGGGCGCGGGCCUGCAUUUCUUUCCCCGGGCGCGUGGCGUUAACCUGAGGAGCCUGGUGGCGCUUGCGGGGCCGUUGCGGGAGGGCCAGCCGCUGUUCCACCACUGGGCACGGCAGAUCCUGCUGGCGUUGCGCGACUACCACUACCAGUGCUGCCAGGAGCUGCGGGAGGACCUGACCCUAGCGCACGUGUUCGCCUGUCAGGAGGGGCUCCAGCUGCAGGUGCGGGGCGCACCCUUCGGGGACCGCAGGGGCACGCUGAGGGACGACAUGCCUGACUUCGGCCCCGCCAACAGGUGGCGGAACGGCUUCGAGGCUGUGGAGGGCAGGCUGAUCAGCAUGUUCGGGGCCAUGCUGAUGGAGCUGCUGUGCGGGCGCCAAGAGGAUGGCGUGGUCGUGCCGCCGGCGCUCGCCGGAGCCUCCAAUGGACUUCAGGCGCUGGUGAGCCAGGCCAUCUGCGCGAGGGACACUUUGGACUUCCGGCUUGGCCUCGCUCCUGGCGGCGAUGUGCCCGGGACCGGCUCCGCUGCGCGGGACGAGGCCGUGCGUUGCGCGGUGGGGCUCGCCGGCGGGAUGGUCGGAGCCGGGAUCGACGAGUUCAACGACGGGGAGGACUACCGCCUCUGGUGGGAGGGGCCCGCGUGGCCUGGGAUUCCGGAGCCCGUGGUGCUGCCGAACACGGAGGGCUCGGCCGACGAGGGCCAGGAGGGCGCGCUGGAGGAGCGCUGGAGGGCCGAGCGCGGUCUUGGCAGGAGGCCCGAGGGGCCUCUCCGCGGCAGGGGCUUCCUGGACCGGCGGCCGGGCGAGGCCACCCUGACGCUCCAGAUGCUGCUGGACCACCCCCUGCUGCGCCCAUCACAGCACGGCGGCGCGUUCCGUGAGGACGCCUGGGACGCGUAUGCGCGCCUCUACGAGGCGAACCGCGCUGGCCGCGGCGCGCUGGCGGCCUACCUCGACGGCAGCCUGCUGUGAUAUUCCACACCCGUGCCUCUCGGCCACCUGGUCGGCCCCCGCGGCCUGCUGCUGGGUCGCCCCCUGCGCCUGUUCCUUCACGGCCGCCCCACGACGACGACGACGA